AUGAUUGACAAUGGUGGUCAUGUAAAAGGAGAUGAGUUCAGAGUGGAGUGCUCCCACCUGAAUGUGAACAGAAAAGGUGCAAGUGGUGACAAGACCAUCACCUAUUGGUCCUCCAUCGAUGGUUCUGAUGCUGAAUGGACUCUGCAGAGGGGUUGUGGGCAGGUUGAACUUCUGGAUAAUCAUGCUAUUGAUGAAGUUCCCCUCUGCCCCAAGUCGACAAAAGCAAACAAAAUGUGUGUGGAGGAUACCAAGUUUAACAACACAGAAUUCUGCAGGUGGCACGAGGGCAUUGGUCUCGAGAAGAAGCCGUUCCAGCUGGGGAAACCUUUACAAUUUGGUGGCCAAAUCCAAUCAGAACUACCCAGAAGAGAGAGUAAAGUACAUCUCAGUAAUGUUGAAAAGCUGCAGUUAGGAAAAAUAGAACUUGACACCCUGAUGGCACAAAUACACAAGCAGUACUCGUUGUCCAACUGGAUUAAAAAAAACAUCAAGAAAAAAGAGUGCUGCUUCUAUGUAGAAGAUGGCAGAGAGGGGAUCUGUAUGUGUGGCUAUCCAAAGAACCAACACAAAGAUGAAGCCAUCAAGCUGAAUGACUACACAGGGCAGCAGUAUGACAAACAUAGGCACAUCAAAGAGGUUCCUACUGAUGCUUCUGGAUACAUGAGCUUUACAGGACUUCGACAGAAAACAUGCAGGUAUGUCCGUGUAUCUUCUGAUACGCCUGUUGAGAAGCUGUACCAACUGAUGACCGAGCAUUGGAAGCUCCAGCCCCCUAACUUGUUAAUAUCAGUGAUAGGAGGAGGUAGAAAUUUCUAUAUGAACAAUGACCUGAAGAACAAGUUCCGUAGAGGACUAAUUAAAGUGGCCAAAACCACAGGUGCAUGGAUCCUGACUGGGGGAACACACACAGGUGUGGUGAAACAUGUUGGGAGAUCAGAACAGGACUAUAAUCUAAGCAGUGUUGCUGUAGAGGGGCAGAUUGUGGCUAUUGGAAUGGUCACGUGGGGGGUCAUUCACAACCGCCAGGCUCUGGUUCACCGAGACGGUAGCUUUCCUGCUCAUUACUGCCUGGAUGAACAAGGUGAGGGCCACUUAUCCUGCCUGGAUGUUAAUCACUCUCACUUCCUGCUGGUGGAUGAUGGAACAUCUGGCAAAUAUGGGGCUGAGAUUCAACUUCGUGAGCAACUGGAGAAACUGAUCUCAGAAAAACCGCUAGGAAACCCAGAGAGUGAACUGAAGAUUCCAGUUGGUUAUGUGGUACUAGAUGGUGGAGCUGGAACCCUAAAUACAAUCUACAGCUCCAUGAUGAAUGGCACUCCAUGCAUUGUUCUGGAAGGUUCUGGGCACUUGGCUGAUGUCAUCGCCAACGUGGCUGGCCUACCUUUGUCCAAAGUCACAAUAGAGCUCAUCCAACAACUGAUCAUCAAGUUUUUUGCAAAAGAAUAUGAGACCUUUUCUGAUUUGAAGAUCAUUGAGUGGACCAAAAAGAUUCAAGACAUUAUCCAGUUCCCACAGCUGCUGACAGUGUUACGCAUUGAUGAGGAAAAAGACAAUGAUGUGGAUGUAGCUAUUCUCCAAGCUUUUCUAAAAGCCCCCCUGUGCAGUGAUAGUAUGAACAGAGAGAGACAGCUGGAGCUGACUGUGGUCUGGAACCGAGUCGACAUUGCACAGAGUGAGAUCUUCACUGAAGAAAGUAAAUGGAAGUCCAGUGAUCUGCACAAAGCCAUGUUCUCCUCCCUGGUGGACCAUAAGGCUGAGAUUGUACGUCUGCUGCUGGAGAAUGGGCUAUGCUUCAUCCAGUUCCUCAAACAAAAAGAUACACUGUCUGAUCUGUAUAAUCAUUGUCCCAGCUGUCUGUUUUUGCACAAAGUGGCCAAGCAAGCUAUGGGCAGCAAGAUUACCCUGGACCAUGUGGCUACUGAAGUGCAGCACCUGCUGGGCAGUUUCACUCAACCGCUCUACCCCACGGGAGAGUCACCCUCUCAAAAUAGAGCUAAAAGUUGCCAAAUAGGGAUGCCCAUUGACAACAAGGGUUUUACAAAAGACCAGUCUCAAGAGCCGACGUGGUCAGAGGAGGAGAUGGUCCCAGACACAAUGUCUCAGGCAGAUAGAGAUCUGUUCCUUUGGAGUGUGCUUCAGAAUCAGAAAGAUUUGGCACAAAUCACUUGGGAACAGUGCAAUGAUUGUAUUGCUGCUGCUCUGGCUGCCAGUAAAAUUCUGAAGAAGCUUGCUCAGGAAGCAGGAGAUAAUGGGGAAGAUGCUGAAUCGAUGAGAGAGCUUGCUGAUCACUAUGAGAAACAAGCCAUUGGUAUGUUCAGUGAGUGCCAUCGCCAUGACAAGCAGCGAGCACAGAAACUGCUGACCCGUGUGUCUCCAUCAUGGGGUAAAACAACCAGUCUGUGUCUCGCUCUUGAAGCCCAUGACAAGACUUUCAUAGCUCACUCAGGGGUUCAGGCUUUUCUAACUCAGAUCUGGUGUGGGGAGUUAGCAGUGGAAAACUCACUCUGGAAGUUGCUGCUCUGCAUGUUUUUCUUUCCUCUUGUCUACACCGACUUUCUGGUCUAUAGAGACCAGUCUGGCACAAGUUCUCAAAGUUCACAAAGCAACUGGAUGAAAUUGGUGGGUCUAUACACCUGUCCUCAGGUCAAGUUCUACUGGAACAUCCUGUCCUACUUUGGCUUCCUGUUUCUUUUUGCUCUGGUGUUGAUGAUGGACUUCCAGCCUAUGCCAUCUUGGAAGGAAUUGCUCAUGUAUGUCUGGCUCAUGUCACUCAUGUUGGAGGAGAUCAGACAGGUCUAUAAGGGUUAUGUAGAUGACAGUCGGAACACUGAUAAUGCCUGGGUGGAAAGCACUGUUAUAACAGUUCACCUCGAUGAUGAGUGGAAUCUGAUCAUGCGAGGUGGUGAUGGUGAGUCUCUCAGCAGCACUGAGAAGCUUCAGUGGCACAAGGUGAGCAGCCAAAUACAAAUGCAUCCAUACCAACGAGAAGCUCUCUGUGCCACGGCCCAAAAACACAACAUAAAGUUCUAA